AUGCCCUCAUCACAGCCUGCUGCCGGUGACCUGGCGGUCAAGCCAGAGUACCUUUCCUCCACGCCCAGCCCAAUGGCAAAGCCUUCGGAGCCAAACCGAAACUCAAAAUAUGACCCCAAGAAGCCUCACAUCACGGAGACGCCCAUGACCACGUCGAACUGGUAUAAACACGUCAACUGGCUUAACGUCACCCUCAUCGUCUUGAUCCCCAUCUACGGCUGCGUCCAAGCAUUGUGGGUGCCUCUCCAGUUCAAGACCGCUGUCUGGGCUGUUCUAUACUACUUCGCCACCGGGUUGGGCAUUACGGCCGGAUAUCACAGGUUAUGGGCUCACACCUCGUACUCGGCGACCCUCCCCCUCAGAAUCUUCCUUGCUGCUGUCGGUGGUGGUGCAGUCGAAGGCUCUAUCAGAUGGUGGGCACGCGAUCACCGGGCACACCACAGAUAUACCGAUACCGAUAAGGAUCCAUAUUCGGUCCGCAAGGGUCUGUUGUACUCACACUUGGGAUGGAUGAUUAUGAAACAAAAUCCCAAGAGAAUCGGACGUACCGACAUUUCAGAUCUCAACGAAGACCCUGUUGUCAUCUGGCAACACAAGAACUACCUGAAGGUUGUGCUCUUCAUGGGUCUCAUCUGCCCCAUGCUUGUUGCUGGUCUUGGCUGGGGUGACUGGUUUGGCGGCUUCAUCUAUGCAGGCAUCCUCCGCAUCUUCUUUGUUCAGCAAGCCACCUUCUGCGUCAAUUCCCUGGCCCAUUGGCUUGGUGACCAGCCCUUUGACGACCGCAACUCUCCUCGGGACCAUGUCAUAACAGCCCUGGUCACCCUGGGUGAAGGCUACCACAACUUCCACCACGAAUUCCCCUCCGACUACCGCAAUGCAAUUGAGUGGCACCAGUACGAUCCUACCAAGUGGUCGAUCUGGCUGUGGAAGCAACUCGGCCUUGCCUAUGAUCUCAAGCAAUUCCGUGCCAACGAGAUCGAGAAGGGCCGUCUCCAGCAACAACAGAAGAAGCUCGAUCAGAAGCGCGCCAAACUCGACUGGGGUGUUCCUCUUGACCAGCUGCCGGUGCUGGAAUGGGAUGACUACGUCGAGCAAGCCAAGAACGGCCGUGCUCUUGUUGCAAUCGCUGGUAUCGUGCAUGAUGUGACCGAGUUUAUCAAGGAUCAUCCCGGUGGCAAGGCCAUGAUCAACUCUGGUAUCGGCAAGGACGCGACUGCCAUGUUCAACGGUGGCAUCUAUAUGCACAGCAACGCUGCUCACAACCUGCUGUCGACCAUGAGAGUCGGUGUCAUUCGUGGUGGCUGCGAGGUUGAGAUCUGGAAACGAGCGCAAAUGGAGGCCAAGGGCGAGGUUUCUCGAGACAGCUCCGGUGAGCGAAUUGUCCGAGCUGGUCUACAACCCACCAAGGUUCUGCAAAACACCCCAACAGCUGGUGCUGCUUGA